AGUCAAAUUUAUAAAUGGCACCAAAGCCUCCCGAAACUCGAAAACCCCAUUGCCAUUAUUGCAUCUUUAAUCAGCUUUUCAAACUUACCAUAUUACCCCUCCCCUGUCUGCCACACCAUUGCUCCACAAUGCAAAUUAUUAACUCACUCUUUAGAAAACAAGCAACAAAACUGAAAACCACGACAAAACCAUUAAAAAAACAUUAUUAAAAUCAAAGUCAAGGAGGAACCCAAAGUUUUUUAUUGUAAUAAUGGCAGACUUGUUCUGCCCAGAAUGUAAGAAGUUUACCGAGGUUGUCUUUGACCAUUCUGCCGGUGACACUAUAUGUUCCGAGUGUGGCUUAGUGCUGGAGGCUCACUCUGUCGAUGAAACCUCGGAGUGGCGAACCUUUUCCAACGAGUCAGCUGAUAAUGACCCUGUUCGUGUUGGUGGGCCCUACAAUCCUCUUCUAAGCAGCGGUGGGCUUUCAACUGUCAUUUCCAAGCCCAACGGAGGUUCCAGUGAGUUUUUGUCUUCCUCUCUGGGGAAAUGGCAGGGCCGGGGAUCCAACCCGGACAGGAAUCUUAUUCAGGCGUUUAAGGCUAUUGCUACCAUGUCCGAAAGGUUGGGACUUGUCACAACCAUAAAGGAUAGAGCUAAUGAAAUAUAUAAGAAGAUUGAAGAUCAAAAGCUUCUUAGAGGACGGAAUCAAGAUGCAAUUAUGGCGGCUUGCCUCUAUAUUGCUUGUCGGCAGGAAAACAAGCCUCGAACUGUUAAAGAAAUUUGUUCCAUUGUACAUGGCACAUCGAAGAGAGAAAUUGGUCGAGCAAAAGAGUUCAUUGUGAAACAUUUGGAGCUAGAGAUGGGUCAGUCGAUGGAGAUUGGAACUAUACAUGCUGGUGACUAUAUGAGGCGUUUCUGUUCCAAUCUUGGAAUGGCCAAUCAAGAGGUUAAGGCUGCACAAGAAGCUGUGCAGAAAUCUGAAGAGCUUGACAUUAGGAGGAGCCCAAUUUCAAUAGCUGCAGCUAUUAUUUACAUAAUAUCUCAACUAUCAGAUGACAAAAAGCCUCUCAAAGAUAUCUCAGUUGUUACUAGAGUAGCUGAAGGAACCAUUAAGAACUCUUUCAAGGAUCUUUCUCCGCACUUGUCGGGGCUAAUACCCGCAUGGUAUGCCACCGAGGAAGAUAUCAAGAAUCUCCAGCCCUAAAAAUGCUGUAAGUUGAAAACAAAGCUAAAGCAAGAUUAGGCUUUCUUCAUAGAGAUGAGACUUCUAGUAAAUGAUCCUACCCUGUUGACCCCUUCAUGUAAAUAGAACAGGUUUUUCUUCCUUCUUGUGGUAAACUGGAAUGAGGGCCAAGCAUUCCUAACUAUUACAACUUGUUUUAAUUUGAGCCCUUUGGCAAGUGUUUCUUC